CGGCACCUGCGGGUCGGGACGGGCCGUGCCGCGCGGAGCCGAGCGGAGCCGAGCGGCGGCCGCGGCCCGGAUGUAGCCGGCGCGGGAACAUGGCGCUGGGGGCGGCGUGACGGCGGCGGCCGAGUGGUUAAAAGAAGAAAACAGUUAGUGCAGAGCUGUUGCUGGGGAAAGAUGAGUUACUCACUUCAUAAAGCAGAUAUGUCUCACGGGCCAGCUAUCAAGAGACACCCUGCUGUGCUGUGACGAAUGAAGGCAUUUUCAACCAUAAACAAGAUCUUUCCACCAUGUUCGGGAAGAAGAAGAAAAGGCUGGAAAUUUCCGGGCCCUCCAACUUCGAGCACCGGGUUCACACUGGCUUCGACCACCGGGAGCAGAAGUUCACGGGACUACCUCAGCAGUGGCACAGCUUGCUGGCAGACACGGCCAACAGGCCAAAGCCUAUGGUGGAUCCCUCAUGCAUCACUCCCAUCCAGCUCGCUCCUAUGAAGACUAUUGUUCGAGGGAAUAAGCCUCGAAAGGAUACUUCAAUCAACGGCCUGCUGGAAGAGUUUGACAAUAUCUCAGUAACACGAUCCAAUUCCCUGCGGAAGGAAAGCCCUCCCACCCACCACCAAGGAAACGCAAACCAUGUGCCAAGGCACCAGGAGGAGAAUGGUUAUAUCACGUAUUCCCAGUACUCCAGUGAGUCAGACACUACAACAGACUAUGUCGUGGAAAGGUAUCGAGACAAGACUGUUUACGGGGAAGAGCUAGACAGGUACUACAAAGGGAGCUAUGCUGCCAAGCAGAACGGGCACAUGAUGAAGGUGACGUCCCGGGAUGUCUAUUACUCAGAAAUGACACCCCUGCAGUCAGACCUCUCUAGGUUCCUUCCAGAUUACCAUGCACACCUGGAGACAAAGCCCAAACCACUGGAAUAUGGCGGCCUAAAGCUGGAGUAUCAGAGGAUCCCCAGUGGAUCCUCCCUGGACUAUAGAGAUCCCUUUCCUUACACCCCAUCCCGAGCGUCAGUGCAGAGCGAGUGCCCCAAGGAGAGGCUGGAGUACAGCGACAGCGACUGGGGACAUGGCCUGGGCAAGGAUGACUACGACAAGAGACCAAAGUCAUCCUAUGUGGAUCCAGCGAGCCCUCAGCCAACGAUGAGGCAGAGGUCCAGAUCGGGCUCUGGUCUGCAGGAGCCAGCCAUGCCCUAUGGAGCAAGCGCCUUUAAAGCACACCAGCAAGGACAUUCCUACAGCUCCUACACCUACCCCCGCUUGUCGGAAACCGCAGCAGGCAUUCCCAAGGUGGAUUAUGAUCGAGCUCAGCUUGUCGUUAGCCCAACGCUCUCCGGAUCAGACACCUACCCCAGGGGCCCAGUGAAGCUACCUCAAAGUCAGAGCAAAGUCAGCUAUUCAAGCAGCAGCUACCAGUACCCUCUGGUCUACCACAAAGCAUCCCACUAUCACCAGCCACCUCUCCAGCCCAGCUCUCCCUAUAUUUCCACCGCCUCCUACCCCAGCUCCCCAAGUAUCACGUCAAGUGCUUAUCCUCCACCCAGCUGGGGAUCCUCCUCAGACCAGCAGCCCUCCAGGGUGUCCCACGAACAGUUCAGAGCUGCCCUGCAGCUCGUGGUCAGCCCCGGCGACCCCAGAGAGUACCUGGACAACUUCAUCAAGAUCGGGGAGGGCUCCACGGGCAUCGUCUGCAUCGCCACCGAGAAGCACACGGGGAAGCAGGUCGCUGUGAAGAAGAUGGAUCUCAGGAAGCAGCAGAGGAGGGAGCUGCUCUUCAAUGAGGUUGUAAUCAUGAGAGAUUACCAUCAUGAGAACGUGGUUGACAUGUACAACAGUUACCUUGUUGGCGAUGAGCUGUGGGUUGUCAUGGAGUUUCUGGAGGGCGGCGCUUUGACAGACAUAGUGACUCACACGAGGAUGAACGAGGAGCAGAUAGCCACGGUCUGCCUGUCUGUCCUGAGAGCCCUGUCCUACCUGCACAACCAAGGCGUCAUCCACCGCGACAUCAAAAGCGACUCCAUCCUCCUCACAAGCGAUGGAAGGAUAAAAUUGUCCGACUUUGGGUUCUGUGCCCAAGUGUCAAAGGAGGUCCCCAGGAGGAAGUCACUGGUUGGGACACCGUACUGGAUGGCACCGGAGGUGAUAUCCCGCCUGCCCUACGGCACUGAGGUGGAUAUCUGGUCCCUGGGCAUCAUGGUGAUAGAGAUGAUAGAUGGUGAACCCCCCUACUUCAACGAGCCGCCGCUGCAGGCCAUGCGCCGGAUCCGGGAUAACUUACCUCCACGGGUGAAGGACAUGCACAAGGUCUCCUCGGUCCUCCGGGGCUUCUUGGACUCGAUGCUGGUGCGGGAGCCCUCGCAAAGAGCCACGGCACAGGAACUGUUGAGACACCCCUUCCUCAAACUGGCUGGGCCCCCUUCGUGCAUCGUGCCCCUCAUGAGGCAGCACCGGCAUCGCUGAAGCAGCGACUUUCCGGGAGGAGCUCGGUGUCUGGCUAUCGGCCGCGCAGGAAUUCCAGCCGGCAGGAACUGCGGGCAGGGACCAGCGAAACCUUGUGGAGGAAAACCUGCCCCACAGAACCACCAUGGUGUAAAACCCCAGGAGCUGCUCCCUGGGGCUGCGAGGGACCGGGGUGGACACGCUCCCCAGCGCUGUUGUCUUCUCGGCCGUCCAUGAAGGCAGAAGGCACCAAGCAAGGUUGGGAGGGUGAUUGGUGGGGGAUAGCACAACCAGAGCGGAACACCUGGGUGUCAUUGCAGGCUACGGCACUUCUGUUUGGGAAGAACACUUUUCUGACACAAACAAAAAGCACUUUUUUUCUCUCGGUCAUGGCAGCGCAAUGUAUUUUGCAAUGAAUUUGUAACUUUCUGUACAGAGCGUUUUGAUAACUUGCAGUACUUUGUCACGUACCCUUGUGUUAGUUGAAGUAAUGAGUGUAACUUAGCAAGGAUUUGAGACGUUUCCUACUUUUAUAACCCUUUUGAAAACAGGAACAAAGAAAUCCCAAACCCCACCUUUAGGUGGUUGGAAGGUUUUGCAGAGUCUCCAUGGGGGUGAGGUGAGCGCUCAUCCCACCGUUGAGGAGCCGGUGCUCACUGAUGCUCGUGGGAGCACUGGCUGAGUGGCUUUGGGCACUGCCAGCGCUGCUGCUGCACAUCAGCCAUCGUUGGGGUCUCCCUCCCUGUUCUCCAUGGUGGGAGCCCACGGAGCCGAUGGACCUUUGCUCCAGGGUGAUUUCCUGGCACCGUGGCGGUCCCUUCAUUACGCACCACCGCAAGGCCAGUUUUGGUACCACAUCAUCUGCAUUGCUUCUGUCCCGCUCUGGACGUGGGGAGGGAUGGCCAGAGCCCGCCCUCCAUCCUCCAGAGCCCCGACAGCCCCUUGUGAUGCGUGACAUUUGCCAUAUAGAAGAAGUUGUGCUGCUGUCUAGACCUUUUUGAAUGUUGAUGCAACAGUUGACUACUGCGGUACAGUUUGUGUUCUUUGUUGGAUGACUUUGCAUGUUAACUGUUAGGCCUGAAUAGCUUUGCCUUUAACAUUUUUAGAAGUGCUUCAUAAUUAUUUCAAUGAGAAAUGAGUUUUAUUUAUUAA